CAGCGUCGACACGCCCGCAUCUCUACCUUGAUGCGCAAAAAUGUAUCUUUGUACAAGUUUAAUAACCCGUCCGCCACGCAUGCAAGCAUCGCACUUGAGUUCGGCGUCGCACGAUCGACGGUGAGCAGAAUAUUGGAAGAAAAAGACCGAUGGGCGCACCCUGGAACUAUCGCACGCCUAAGUGUCUUUGCGAUCGAGGACCGCAUGCAGUUCUGGCUCAGAGAAUGUGCCUUCCACGAUAUUUACGUCACCAGCAAGGCUAUUCGCGCUCAGGCUAUCAAGAUCCGCGAUGAGUUCUGCUCGGGACACAUGCCCACGUUCAAGGCGAGCAAGACUUGGCUCAGGAACUUCAAGAUGCGCUACGGGAUUGUCGGGAAAAAGGUCCUCGGAUGGGGCGAAUACUACAGGCGAACGGUGGCGUUCGGUCGCGGGGGCGUCACCAGGGACCAGUUCGUCACCACGAAGGCGGCAGAGAGCAGCUACGCUCAACUUCCGGAUAUAUUCGAAGAUCAUGCGCUUCAGUCGCUGGAUGCGUCGAGUCUGUCCCCCGAGACGCAUCCUGCUUUCGACCUAGACGGGUUCCUAGCCUCAAACUCGCGAUCCCCAUCGCCCGAGGCGCAUCUCGCUGGCUCCACGAUACCCAACCGUGGACAUCCUGACCAACCGAUCGCAGAUUUCCCCGCUCUUGCGGCUGGCAUCGCUCGAUCGCCUUCCCUAGAUCCGCAGCCAGACAUCGCGCCGGAAGUGGAUCGGCCAGUGAUUGACAUCGACGCGUUCAUUGCUUCAAAUUCC